UAAGCUCCGGAAUCUGACGCUAAACCCUAAACCCCUAAACCACUGACCAAAACAAACGCUGUGUGUAGCAGUAGGUAUUUGUUGCCACUCGUCUUUGUAGUUCUUUUGUAUCGAACAUGAACUUGGAACCUCUGUUGCUGGUGCAUUGAGCCUUCUCAUUAUGAACAAGUCGUCUUUCUAUCAGGCGAUGUCGUCUGAACUGGCUUCCGAAAGUACCAUGCUGGAGUUCAAGCUCCAGAAGAUUGACCUGGGCAGGUCGCAGCAUAGUUUGACGGAGCGACCUCCAUACAGAAACCAGCACCACACUCAGAAGGCAUUUGAAACCAUGAAUAUUUUGAGGAAGCAGAACCUCCUAUGUGACGUAACUCUUGUGGCUGGUGCCACAGAAGUGUCUGCCCACAAGACAGUGCUGGCGUCCUGCAGCCCCUACUUCUAUGCCAUGUUUACGGGCUUCACUGAGAGUCGAGCCAACAAGAUCACACUUCAGGGUCUAGACGGGACUGCACUUGCUCUGCUCAUCGAUUAUGUCUACUCAGCUGAAGUACAGGUUACUGAAGAGAAUGUGCAGACCCUACUACCUGCUGCCAACCUGCUUCAGUUGAGCGACGUCCAGGAAGCCUGCUGCGAGUUUCUGCAGGCUCAGCUACACCCAUCAAACUGCCUUGGCAUACGGGCAUUUGCAGAUCUUCAUGGGUGCCUUGACCUGCUGUCUCACUGUGAUUCCUAUAUUGAGCAGCAUUUUGUGGAAGUGACUGAAAAUGAAGAAUUUCUUGCCCUUCCUGCAAAUCAGGUGGCACAUCUCAUUUCUAGUGACAGACUGUCAGUUCCUUCAGAGGAGCAGGUAUUUGAAGCUGUGAUGAACUGGGUGAACCAGGACUUGGCCAACCGAGAGUCACAGCUGGGCUGCCUGAUGGAGCAUGUGCGGCUGCCACUGCUCUCUCAGGAGUAUCUGGUGCAGCGCGUAGAGGAGGAGCCCUUACUGAAGGGAAACCUUCCCUGCAAGGACUUCCUCAUUGAGGCCAUGAAAUACCAUCUGUUGCGUGCCGAUCAGAAAGCUCUCUACGCUACACCACGGACCAAGCCUCGAACCCCUGUCGGACGCCCUAAGAUGCUGCUUGUGGUGGGUGGCCAGGCACCCAAGGCCAUUCGCAGUGUGGAGUGCCUGGAUCUGCAGCGUGAGCGCUGGCUUCAGUUGGCCGAGCUCCCCAGCCGCCGCUGCCGUGCAGGCCUAGCCCUUCUUGAUGGACGUGUGUUCACAGUCGGUGGCUUUAAUGGCUCACUACGUGUGCGAACAGUCGACAUCUAUGACCCCGUGAGGGAUCAGUGGAGUCAAGCGGCCAGCAUGGAAGCUCGGAGAAGUACAUUAGGUGUGGCAGUUCUAAACAGCCAGAUCUACGCUGUUGGUGGCUUCGAUGGUUCUACAGGACUGAACAGUGCUGAAAGAUAUGACCCACAUGCAGAAGAAUGGACGGCAAUUGCAUCUAUGAGUACUCGUCGAAGCAGUGUUGGAGUGGGGGUUCUGAAUGGCCUCCUAUAUGCUGUCGGUGGAUAUGAUGGGGCAUCACGGCAGUGCCUAAGUUCAGUGGAGCGCUAUGAUCCUAAGGAAGAGGAGUGGUCCCUCGUAGCUGACAUGUCUGCAAGACGCAGUGGUGCUGGUGUUGGAGUUCUGGAUGGAGUGCUUUAUGCCGUGGGAGGACAUGAUGGGCCCCUGGUGCGCAAAAGUGUUGAGUGUUACCAUCCUGACACCAAUUCGUGGUCCCAUGUGCCAGACAUGGCCCUGGCCAGGCGAAAUGCAGGUGUCGUGGCAAUGGAUGGCCUACUCUAUGUUGUUGGUGGCGAUGAUGGAUCAUCGAACCUUUCAUCUGUUGAAGUCUACAAUCCAAAGACCAAAACCUGGAACAUAUUGAGCACAUUCAUGACCAUUGGUCGUAGCUAUGCUGGAGUGACAAUCAUUGACAGGCCGCUUUAAGGACUUUUUUAUCAAUUGCCCCCUGAAGUUAUGAUUAGACCACAGGAGGUGUACAGCUUGGGCUUAAAAGAAGGCUACCCUAAACAGGGCUUUCUUUCCAUGUGGUCCCAAUGAUAAGUGGCCAAGCCUUCUAAGCAAGAGCUGCUCAGACUUUAUCCCAGCAGCACAGAAAGUGAAUGCAUAGGACAGUAUGUACAUUAAUUAGGCGUAUAUUGGAAAGCACUGUCACUUGCUUGGUAUGAUAAGUCUUUCAAAACACUUUUCUAUGUGCACCCAUGAGGGUUAGCUAAAGUCAAAUAUUUAUCAAGCUAUGUAGUGCAUUUCAUUCAUUCCAGAUGGUGAUUUGUGAAACUUUAUGCAUGCAGGCUUGCUAUGUAAGUUCACACAAUCUGUCUUCACAGGCUGCAGGAGUUUUAUAAGUAUACUUUGCAGGAGGCAACAGUACGAACACACUGUGUCCAACAAAUGAGCAGCUAAAAAAAAUAACAAAGAAUGUCUAUUCUAUUUAUAGAUAACUCGCUUUAAAGUGAUGUGUAAUGUAAAUCUGGAUGAAUGCAUUGGCUCUGCCAAUCUUCUGUUCAUCUUAGAUCAUCUUAUGUUGCCAUUUUUGCUUUGUGAAAGGGUACCAUGGGAGAUAUUUUGGAAUGUGAGAGCUGCUUGGCUAGUAUCAGCAAGUGAUGGUGAGGAUAUCACACCUGACUAUUUGUUGCUUGAAUGCUGAUUAAGUGGCCCCAUUUCAUAUUGGACCACCCUGUACUUCCAUCAUACUGCAUUUAUGUUUGAUCCCUUGCUGUGACCUCACCUUCAAGAGAACACUCUUACAAAUGCACAGGAUGACUGUCAAAUUGCCUAAGGAAAAGCAUGUUUCUCAUUCGACAAACAGUGAGAUUUGAAUUUUAAUGUGCAUUAUUUCCUCUUCUAGGCAUUGUGUAGAGGCACUAAGACAUUGUUCUAUAGUGCUCAGUGUGCUAACAGACAUGAAUACAGAUAUAUAGCACAAACGGUAAGCUGUUUACAUAGCAUGUGCUAAGGCUUAAUUAAGUAUUUUACCUUGCAUAGGUUGCUUAUUUACAUCACCUUUGAUUAGCUGUAUUAAACUUUGCUUCAGAUGAGCAAAAAUAUUUCAGAUUUGCCUACAGUGAUUGGUUAGCAGUGUUAAAACUGCACAGCAUGGAGGCCAGCUGAUAUUACUUAAAAGAUGCAGCACUAUCAUGCAGAGGUCUGCCAGCAAGUCUGUAAAGUUGGCCCUGUGCUUUCAUGUGUAAAGAAAAUUGUGUGUAUGUGUGUAUAUAUAUAUAUAAAAAAAAGUAUGUAUAUGGUUUGAUAUAAAGAUGGUUGCUGGUUGUAUGUGUUCGCUUUGUUUCAUAGCUAUUGGGAGAAUGAAAUGGAACAUAUGCUGUAAUUGGUGCAAAUUCACCAACCCAUGUGUUCCAUCUGUUAGCUUUACAUUUCUUAGCUUCGGCACUUUGCAUCCCGAGCCAGAAUCACUGUAAUUCUAGGUAGUGGGAAAAAGAAAUUAAAAAUUCUUGUUUUUGUUUCAUUGUG